AUGGGUAAAGCAGGUCGGAUUGCGUGUAUCUUCACGCCCUUUGUUCUCACCAUCGCUUCGUUGAUAUGCAUUAUCAUGGUUGGCUUGGGUUGUACCAAGUCAUCCUCAUCCACUUUAAAUGACCUCUAUUUCAUGCGGAUCAACCUGAAAGACAUCAGCAGCCAAGGGUCGCAAACGGUAACGGAGAUUGAAACUAUCCUCAACGACUAUGGCAUCUCAGGUGUCAGCGCCUCGCAGGUCUCGGACGUCCUGGGUAAGCUUCAGGCUGACAGCUCGCUCGCCGACUUCUAUCAAAUCGGCCUCUGGGGCUACUGCGAUGGCAAAGAAGACAGCCACAACGCUACCUCGGUGACCGAAUGCUCCAAGCCCCAAAGCGAGUUCUACUUUGAUCCAUUCGCGGUCUGGGGUCUGAACUCGUCCACUGUGAGAAAUGAGCUGCCCAGCGAAUACAACAAGAUCAUGAAUGUCUACAAGACGGUCUCCAAGUGGAUGUUCAUUGCAUACAUUGUCGCUUUCGCAGUCACCCUUGCGGAAAUUGUCGUCGGCUGUUUCGCCAUCUGCAGUCGCUGGGGCAGCUGUGUCACCACCCUGUUCGCUGUGCUUGCUUUCCUGUUCACCACCGCCGCCUCUGUGACCGCCACGGUGCUCUUCUCCAUCUUCAAGUCCUCUCUGGGUCCAACCCUGAAGGCCUAUGGCAUCCAAGUCUCCAUGGGUACCAACAUGUUCGCCGCCACUUGGUUGGCUGUCGCUUUCUCUCUGGGUGCUCUCAUCUUCUGGACCUUCAGCGUCUGCUGCUGCUCCGGUCGCUCGCCCUACGGUCCCCGCAAUGAAAUCAAGUCGCGCAAUCUCGCCAACGAAAAGGCCCCUUACACCUACGAGCCGCUGGGCGCUGGUCAAACACCUUAUGGUCACCAGCAGCACACUUCCUACCCACCCCCGGUCGCCCACGGUGGCGACCUUUCCAAGUCGCACAACAAUCAACGAUCCAGCGCCUACGAGCCUUUCCGUCACGCGUAA